AUGGUCCAAGACUGGGCAGCCUCUGCUGUUUGGUGUCUGGUGAUGGUGUUCUUCCAGACACAGGCUGACGAGGUUGCAGAGCCUCUCAUGCAAAUUGUGGGAAAGACCAUCCACGGGGCAGCCGGCACCGUAUAUGAAGACCUGAGGUACAAGCUCUCCCUGGAGUUCCCCAGUGGCUACCCUUACAACGCGCCCACGGUGAAGUUCCUCACGCCCUGCUACCACCCCAACGUGGACACGCAGGGGAACAUCUGCCUGGACAUCCUCAAGGACAAGUGGUCCGCCCUGUAUGACGUCAGGACCAUCCUGCUGUCCAUCCAGAGCCUGCUGGGAGAGCCCAACAUCGAUAGCCCUUUGAACACACAUGCCGCCGAGCUCUGGAAAAACCCCACAGCUUUUAAGAAGUACCUGCAAGAAUCCUACUCAAAGCAGGUCUCCAGCCAAGACCCCUGACCCGGGCUGCCCAGCCUCUCCUUGUGCCGUCGCCUUUCCUGGUUCUGCCUCACAGUCUGUCCUGUCCUUGAUCUCUGUCUUGAGCUGUGGUGUUAUUUUUGUUUGUUUUUUAAAUUAAGUCAGUUCUUGUGAUAUAUAUUAA